AUGGUGUCAUCGGCUCUCGGCCUCGGGGCCCUCUGCGGCCUCAUCUUCUCUUUGCCUGGAGCGCUGGCUGGUUUCAGUUCGUCUGCGAACAACAAUAUUGAAAUCUACUGGGGUCAAAAUUCUGUCAAUCGAGUGGGCGGUCAGCAACGUCUCUCGGCGUACUGCUCUAACACGCCGCUCAAUGUCAUUCCUUUGGCCUUCCUGAACGUCAUCAAAAAUCCCACUUCGGUCAAUUUUGCCAAUGCUGGCGACAACUGCACCGUCUUUGCCGGGACGCAACUGCUAAGCUGCCCUCAGAUUGAGGCAGACAUCAAGACAUGCCAGGCAGCGGGUAAGACCAUCACGCUCUCGAUCGGCGGCGCGACGUACACCGAGGGCGGCUUCACGUCGAGCAGCGAGGCGUCGACGUGGGCCGACAACCUGUGGGCCAUGUUCGGCCCCGUGCAGAGCGGCAGCAGCGCGCUACGGCCCUUCGGCACAGCAGUCGUCGACGGCUUCGACCUCGACCUCGAGGCCACCUCGCAGAACAUGGGUCCCUUUGCCGUGCAGCUGCGGAACCGCAUGAACUCCGCCACGGCAGCCGGCGGCAAGAAGUACUUCCUGUCGGCGGCGCCGCAGUGCCCCUUUCCCGACGCCGCCAUGGGAGCCAUGCUGGACGCCGUCGUGUUCGAUUACGUGUCAGUCCAGUUCUACAACAACUACUGCGGGGCCACAUCGUUCGUGCCGGGCGCCGCGACGCAGAACAACUUCAACUUCGCGACCUGGGACACGUGGGCGCGCAGCAAGACGCCCCCCGUCAAGGUGCUGCUGGGCUUGCCGGGCAGCACGAGCGCGGCCGGGUCGGGCUACGUAUCGGGCAGCCAGCUCUCGGCCGUCAUCGCCUACUGCAAGCAGUUCUCGACCUUUGGCGGCGUCAUGUUCUGGGACAUGAGCCAGGUCUACAGCAACUCGGGCUUCCUCGACAGCGUCGUGUCCUACCUCGGCGGCAGCAACCCGCCGCCGCCGCCCCCGCCGACGUCGACCACGGCCCCGCCCCCGCCCACGACGCUCAUGACCGUUACGAGGACCUCGAGCACCCCGACCCCGACCCCGACUGGCACGCUAGUCCAGCAGUGGGGACAGUGUGGCGGCAUUGGAUACACCGGCUCUACGCAGUGCGCACCGCCGUAUUCGUGCAACUAUCUGAGUCAAUGGUGGGCUCAGUGCCAGUGA